CCCAAAUUCCAAGCCUUGUAUCGCGAUCUGUGUAUUAACAAGCUAAAUCCCGAUGGAACCACGAAAUUGGACGUCAAGGCUCAAAAGGACGUUGAUGUCUUCCAGCAGGAUCUUCGAAAGGCACGAAUUGCCGCUGCGAAAAGAGAUCUCCUGAAAUCCUACCUGCACUCUGUCUCGUAUCGAAGUGAUGAGUUACCCGAAGACCUACAAGAACUCGUCACCAUCAUCGCUGCCACAUUAGACGCACAAAUUUCUCGAGAAGAUUCCAGUCUGCUUCGCGAUGACAUUGCAAGGUUCAAGGAAAACCUCCACCCCAUCUCCAAAAGCAUCUGGAAACUCGCCCUCGACCACCUCCUAACUCUAGCCCGCAUCGCCUCCCCCGACGAUGUCAGCACCGCAAAUGCCGCCGACAACUUACCUUCCCUCCUCACCACCCAAAAAUCCGACCUGGAAUCCCAAACCGAAACUCUCCGUUCCCUACGCCUCCAAAUUUCCCACGAAACCGCAUCUCUCCAAAAACUUUCCCGCAAAGCUAUAGAAACCUGUAUCAAAAUUCUCGAGCAGACGGUUCAUGGGAGUGUGGCGAGGGGUACGAAAGCCAAAGCCGAGUAUCUUGCGAUUGUGGCGGAGGGGAUGGAGAGGAAAUUGCAGGUGCAGUUCCAGCAGCUUUUGGGUCGGACGGAGUUUCAGGAUUUUGAGGGUCUGGAGCGGGAGAGUGUGGUGCUUAAACGGAGGAUUCGGGAAGUUGAGGGGGUGCUGGAGGAGUAUAGGGAGGAAAGUGGGAUUCGGGGAAUGGCGAGGGAGUAUGCGGAGAUUUUGGAGGAGAGUGGGAAGGUUGCGGAUGAGAUUGUGAGGGUGGAGGGGAGUGGGUAG